AUGGCACCGAACACCACUCAAGCACAGCCCUUCGUCUGCCGCAUAUGUAACACCGGCACGGCCAACAAGGCAGGCAUGAGGUCUCACAUCACCAACGUCCACGAGCCGAUCAAGCCCUUCAAAUGCGCCAACUGCACCGUGAACGCCACCAGAACGGAACGCCUCGAGGCGCACUCGCUCGCCGUUCACAACCGCAGACUCUUGACGAACGAGAGAGUUCCCGAUGCCGCCAUUCUGAAACGCGUCAAGGACCAAGCCGACGCUUGCGAGGUUGCCGUCCAUCCUCCUCUUGCUCAAGGAGCCUCGACCGCCCCUCACGCGCUCCCUAUCCCUCCUGCAGCAUCGGCUCCGGCUCACAAUCCCACUGUCGCGCUCCCAUCUCUGCGCCCAGCCACUGAGCAGCCUGAGCAGCCUGAGGCCCCUACUUCUGAUGUCCCAGAGCAGGAGUAUUGGAGUCGGGAGGAAGAGCAGGAGAAAUGGAGUCGGGAGGACGAGCAGGAUCAAAUUCCCGGCUACUUUUCCCACUUCGGCGUCGGCUUCAACACUGGACCUGACAUUCCCGGUGGUAAUCGUCACAAGUAG